UUUCUAACAACAACCACUCGUCCAUGUGUCUGCUGCCACGUGUCUAAUUUGCUACAACCUUAAAUCUGAUUAAACAACAAUGAGAGAUAGAGAGAGAGAGAGACAUAAUGGGAAAAGAAAAAGACAAAAACAGAGGGGCUUCUCCUCCAUCUUACGGCACGUUUCAAGGUGUCCCUACUUAUCCUCCACCGUCGUAUCCUCAUCCUCCGUCGCAUCAUCCAGUCAUCAGAUUUCCUCAGCCGUCUCCACCUCCCGGAACAUCUCAUCACAACAUUUCCGUUCAUCAAUACAUCCAAGAACAUCAAACCGUUCCUGGUUACCCUGUUUCUGAAGGAAGACCUGCAAGACAAAACCGUCUUCCUUGUUGUGGUCUUGGCCUCGGUUGGUUCUUGUUCAUCAUUGGUUUCCUCCUUGGUGCAAUCCCAUGGUACAUAGGCGUAUUCAUUCUAGUAUGUGCUAGGAUCGAUACGAGAGAGAAACCAGGAUACAUAGCUUGCACCAUUGCAGCUGUUGUUGCUACAAUUGCCAUAGUUUUUGGUGUCAUGGGAGGAAGAGGAGCCUGGUCGUGAAGUGUGCAAAUUAAGACAUUGUUCAUCAAGUAUCUUGAAUGUGUAUAUUUUAGUGUGUGUGCUUGAUGAUUUAAGUGUGCAAAUAAAUACAUUCUUCAUCAAGUA